AUGGCGCUAUGGAAUCAAAGAGAUAUAAUUCCUCCGGUAGUGCUUAACGCUCCGUGUAAAUCCAAACACAUAAAGCAACAAAUAAUGGCCUUAACGACAACAUGUUGCAAUAUGUUGAAUUAUUAUUCGGCGUUGAGCACAUUUGAAAAAUCUGCUGCAUUUCUGACGCGCUUUUGCAAUCGUUGGAAAAAUCGCCUGCGCAACAUGCAUGGAUUUCAAAUUAUGCGUCGGAUCAAUCAAACACUGGUUCGAGUUAAAAAUCUAGAUUUGGUACGUGCUCUCAUGGACUUUCAUAGUUUUCUACCUGAAUCAAGCUACAUUGAGAAGGAGGUCAACUUGCCUGUUCGUUCCAAUCUGGAAUACGUGCUCUUGCGAAUGCAAACUUUAUCCAAGUUGUUACUACGCAUAGUCUGCCUUUGUAAACAAGCUGCCAGAUAUCACCUGAAGCAAGUUGCGAACAAAUUUCUUUUUAACUUAUAUUCCAUGUUCCUUGGGCUAAUGGGUGAACUAUGGUUAUUUGCUCGAUCAGUUAGUAGACGUACAGAUCAUUUUUACAGCGAGCUAUACACAGCGCUUGCUAUCCUUCCCGUCACCAAAGAGACUUGGUUGCCAGAGAGUUACCAGUUUCCAACCAGUUUGUCGUCCUGGCACGGUGAUGAAUUUGUGAGGGAAAUAUUGCAUUGUGCAGAUAUGAACAGUGUUUUUGAUCUAGGCGCAGACUCGAGUAUUUUUUCUCUUCUACAACAUCGUGGAAUGGACGAGGACGAAAAUUUGCUAUCCCGAUCGGAAAAAGCUGUCGAGAAGGGGGAAGAAACUGGACAUGCUUCAUUUAGCUCAGUACCCAAAACGAUGCUGUCACAAUCGUUUCGCUCCGACACCGGUGAAGUGAUUUCGAGAACCGAUAACCCACCUGGAAAAGGCCCACGGAAGAAGAAUUUGUAUUUCGAUCCAGCAAAGUUGGACCACAUACGAUCAAAGUUUCAUGUUCAGCAAUUCAUUUCUCAAGAGCGAUCUAAGCGAACGGAUACACCAAAUGAUGCGAUUACGAGCGGCAUUUCAGAGGCACGUUUCGGAGAUUUGAAUGUGCGAUUAAUGAAACAAUACAACCGAUUGUCGUCUGCAGAAUUUGUGAUUUUUUUCAAAGAACAAUUUCUGGAUCUAAUAAAAAUUGAGCAUUGA